AUAGCAAAGGAAAAGUACUGAGCGAUAAAAAUUUAAUCAUAUGAAUCAUGUUUUGAUUAACGCUAUAUUAUUGAUUGACACCGCUUCCUAGAAAUAUGGAGGAUAUAUUACAGCGCGUAAAGCAAUGGACAGACCCAGAAUUGAGAGAAAACUUCGAGAAAUAUGGAGAAAAAGUUGGACCACUAACUGCGACAACUCGCCAGUUAUUUCAGAAAAGAUUAGCUAAGAAGAUAUUUUUAGUAGAACACCCUGGGGAAACAGAAUCUUCUGCAACCGAGAGUUCUGACAGCUCACAGAAUUCAACCAAAACUGUGUUAAAAAACGAAGAACCACAAAAUAAAGCAAUUUCUGUUCAAAAUGCAACCCCUUCCAUGUUCUAUGCCGUCUGCCUACCAAAGGAAGAAGAGCUUUAUGAAGGUGAUUUGGUAUUCGUUGAUAAAAUGGCUGCCUUGAAUCUAGUGAAGAAAUACAAGGGUUCAAGAUUUAAAGUUUUCAGGAAUCGAGACGAGGCACAAGAAUUUACUAAACCAGUUAAAAUUGCUUCUCCAGUUCUAGUGCAGAAUUCUGAAACUGGAUUUGAAAAAACCUCUACUGGAAUAGCUGUGGAGAAGAGUGCUUUCAAGGGACCAAAAACUGCUGAGCUUGUGGCAUUACGUCGAACUAUUGAGAGAGGAGAUUUUGAAACAUUUUCAUCAACUGUAUGGGAGAAUCCUCGAUAUCUAAUCAGUAGUGCUGAUACUCCAGUUAUUUUACAUGAAGGUUUACGAUACAAUGCUCUACAUAUGGCCGCCAUAUCAAAUAAACCAACCAUGUGUAAACUGGUUUUAAAGACUGUCUCAAACCCAGAAUUUACAGAAAAACUUUAUUGUUUCUCACACGAAUCACAAGAGACAAAACAGAGGCGAAUAGAUUUUGUGUUUGAUCUUUAUCUCAAUAUGCCUGAUAAAGGUAAUGGUGAAUCUCCACUACAUUUUGCCUGUAAGUUUGGUUUUGCCGAUGUUGUUCGAGCAUUGUUAGAGCAUCCUGGGAUUGACAGGAACAUGUUAAACAAACACGGAGAGACACCACUCAAGGUUGUUUGCACAAGAUGUAAAAAUCCUACACCAGAAUUAAAGGCAAAAAUAGAAGAACUUUUACAAGGUUUAUGUUAUGUGCCACUCUUGCGUGCUGAAGAUAAUACAACGGCUCCACACAUUGGUCAACCAUGGUCACCUGACAAUGUUCUGGAAUUCCAAGAUUUACAAGUCAAAAAUCCAACCGAUCCACAUUUAGCAAUCCGAGCUUUCGCAGGUCCUAUGUCACCAUCAAAGGCUCAACUGUUUCAUCGUCAGUGGACAACUCCACCGUCCCCAUCACCUAAUAAGAAGGGGAAUCUGUCAAAUAUACGUAGAGAAGAUGGCGAUAAAGGGUUGGAGAGAGUCGGAAGACAGAUAGCUCAAGACAUGCACGUACCAUGGUCAGAAUACUGGGAAUUUCUUGAUGCAUUCGUUGAUUUCUCCACAGAGAAAGGAAUUAGUGUGCUGGAAAACUAUUUAACUAAACAAUUAGCUACAAAUGUUUACAAACAGUGGGUCAAGGCUCAUUCAACGCUUAUAAAUAACGUGUGUUUAGAUUCCACUAUAGCCUCAGAAUACUCCACACAAGAUAGUUUCACGGAACAAAAUUCAAACCUCUCCGUUGAUUCCGAAGCGUCUCCACUAAAAAAUGAUCUGUUUCGGCAUAACAAGAUUGAUAGAGAUGUUGUGAAAGAUUUUAAUAAUAGUGAUAAUGAAAUAUCAGAGGUUUUUGCUCUAAAUAAGGGUGAAAGAUUGUUGGACUCAAGUCUGGCUUCCAGUGUAAGGUCUGAUCUUUCGAUCAGAGAUGUUGAAGAAGGAGUCGUGCAUACAUUUAACCCAGAAAAUAAAUCGUCGCGACCACUGCUGCAACCGCCUCGUUUAAAAUAUGGUAUAGCGGCACCAGAAACAUCCAUUAAUACUCAACCAAUUCUAGCUAACACAGUCACUCAGCAGAAUCGAAAUGAUACGCCAGUUGUUUGGUCAGAAAGUGAUGAGAUCAAUAUUAAUUUAACAGAUGAAAUCAAACUGUCGACACCAAGUAAGGAACCGUGUCAGUAUGAUUUUGAAUAUUCUCCAAGUUCUCAAACAAACCAAACGAGUACACCCGGAAGAAAGGAAAACUGUCCAUUACAAGCUGAGGGAAUCGACUCACCGGAUUGGAGAGAUGCUCGUGUGAAAAGUGAAAAUUCUGAAGAUUCUUUUAGUGGAAAUCCAACCUCUCCAGAUAACGAAUUAAGUAAAAGUUCUGGAACCCCUGAUAAGAAAUCAGACUUGAAUCUCGAUGAUAGCGUGCUGAAAGGAUUUCAGAAACUUCAGCUGGGAAGUAGUGAUGAUGACUCUUUCCGAUCAGCGGUUUCGGAUGUUUUUUCUACACCUAAUAAUCGACUCGAGAUGUCGUUUAAUAGUCAGCUGACAAACUUAUGUGAUGAUCUGAAACAAAAACUCAUCUUUACCCCUCGUAACCGCCUGUCACGUACCGUUUCCGUGGUUUCAUCGUUAGCUGACAACCAGGAAACGUUAUUCCUUCAAACAAAACAAUCAAAUUUUAAUUUUGAAAUGAUGAAAACUUUAUCAAACUUUAAACCAAGUACUGAUUUUCCUGUUCCGGUGUUGUUAGUUAUUAAAAGUGAAAGUAGUGGUUCUAAUCUCACGGAUUGCGAUAUUUUAACGGACUGUGUUAUAUUUGAAUCUAUCGAAGAAACAAAUGUUGUUACUAUUCGUAGUAAUUUGAUUAUUUCCGUGGCAACACAACAACAAAAGGACAAGUUAUUGUCAGUACAGAGUUCUAUGAUUAUGAGUUUGUGUAUUAAUAAGGAUGAUGUACCGAGCUGUGUAGAGUUAUCUGUUCCUGCUUUAUUGACUAGACUAGAUCUAAAAGACUCUUUCUUUAUUUUGGGUCAACGUGCCAGUAAAUUGGAUCAAGAUAUAUUUCGAGCUCUGGUAGCAGAUGAUAAAGAUAUGAGUUAUUUCCCUUUAACUGGUAAAUGGAGAAGGAAUGUGACAACUCUUCAGGCAGAUAAUCAACAGAGUUGGCCGAGUCCUGCUAGAAUACGUAAAGAGAGUCGAUUAUCUGGUGAAUUUCUCUCAAUGAAUCCAUUAGUGAUGGGAAAUCUACUAGCCACACCUUCAUCUUGUCGUUACUCAUCUCCUAUAAACGGACAGAGAUCAUCUCUCUCACCUUCCGUCUUCCAGUUCACACCACGUACAUCCAGGCUCACCUCUUCACCCCGAGCCCCCAGAUUUAACCUGGAGAAACAUCUGGAGGAAUCAACACAUGAAGAUUUAUAAUCCAUUUAUAAUCCAUAUAGGAAACAUCCCUACAACUCAAGGUGUCUACAGAUAAGGAGCGGACUUACAACUGUUACAAACAUCUAGAUGAUUAAUAAUCGAGAAAUGAAGUAUCAUUUUUUCUUCAUGACUGGCUGACCUAUAACUUUUCACAAACAAAUUUACAUUUAAAUAAAAUCCAAGACUGUGAUGAAUUACCUCCUAAAUGAAAGUCCUUUCGAUGGGUGGAAGAAUCUGUAUACAGUGCAGGCAAGAUCAGAUCUCAAUGAUACGGUUGGUUACCAAAGUAAAAUAAUAAAGUAAAUUUAAUAUUCCCCAAGCAACAAACUUUACAAGACUGUAGAGUAGAAGUAGAGUAGUUUUAAUCCAUGAUGCGUUCUUGGCGCUUGCCCUUUUAUGUUCCUGGGGUCUUUCGGCCCAGUUUCCACUUGUCUGUGGUGCAAGAUGUGGAGAGCCUGGUAACAUAAUGGUGUCAUGGCAAACAUGGAUCUAUCUUUAAGAGCUAAAGGUCCAAUCCAAGAUUCCCCUGGUUGUCUUUUGGUCAGGUUGUUUUCAAGUACAUGUACAUGUAUGUAAGGGCCAAUGUGUGAACAGUAUUUUAAAGAAAGAGACCAGUAGCUCGAAAUAUUGAGAGUCUUUUGAAAACAAUCACUGAUUUAUUUUACUGGAUUAUGUAACCCAUAUAGCCCAGUGUUCUAAAAUGUUCUCUUAUUAUGAUGAUUUUAAUCAUAAUAUUUGUAGAAACAUUGUGUUAUAUGUAGCUAUGAUACACCAGCCCGUCAGUAUAUAUAAACAGUUUAGGAAUUUCAUUUUUUAUGUGUGAUGGAGCCACGUUGGCUCAGUGAGUAAGAUGUUGGCUUGCUAACCUGGAGGUCCCGAUGUUUGCUAAGAAAGUUCAUCUGGAUUUUCCGGCGUGGUUCUCCCUUUUAAUACUGACGUGAAAUUGUCACUUCGGUAUCAAUUCGAAUUCUAGUAAAAGUUAAUAGAAAGGGAAGUAAUUAUAUAGUUCAAACAACAACUUCCAUCUAACUUGCAAAAUAUUUAAAAGUGAAUACUAUCAAAAAUGGAAUAGUAAAUUGUAUAACAAUACAAUACCCUUUAAUGAUAUUCUUUAAUAGAAUAUGAUACAUGUACAUAACACAUAUGUAGGUCAAACAACUAUUUCUGACUAGGUCACAAAAUACUAAAUCCUCUCUAGUCUAAAUAGAAUUAUAAAUUGUAUAAUAAAACGAUAUCUAAUAAUAAUAUUCUUUAAAGAUACGAUAUAUAACACACACAUUUAGAUAACAUUUCAGGCCUAAAGAAAGACCUGCAAUAGGCAGAUUUAGCUCUUGCAUAAUGUAUGUUUAAACAAUUCUGACAAAGCAUCUGGUAUAAUAUUGAAUUUACCAGGAAUAUUCAGUUAUCAAGUUAUAUUCUUGAAGCAUCAAACUCAAUCUUAAAAGUCUUUAAAUUUUACUUUUCAUUUUGUUAAUAAAUGUUAAGGGGUUAUGAUCUGUAUAAAUCAAACAUGAUACAUGUAGUUAGCAACCUUAACAUAAUGCUGUAGAGACAACAUUAUGGCUAAACCCCCCCUUUUCUACAGUUUAUCAAACCUUUUUGAAAAAUAAUCAACAGGGUGAUCAAUACCGUUUUGAUCUUCUUGAAUCAAAACUGAUCCCAUAGAUAAAUCACUAGCAUCAACUGCCAGCUUAAAUUGUUUUCCAAAAUUCGGAGCCAUCAUAAUUGGUUCAAUGGUGAAAAGGACGUUUAAUUGUUCAAAUGCAAUCUGACAAGCACUAUUCCAAAAGAAUUUAAUAUCUUUGCGCAGCAGCCUUCUGCUAUGUGAGCGAACUUCUAGCAGAGUUUUCGGUAAUACACUACCAUGACCCUAAUUCUCAUAAGCCCAUUUCUUGAAUUGGGAAUAGGAAAUGUAUCAAUUACCUCGAUUUUAGACGUAAUAGGUUCUAUUUCACCACCUCCUGUAACGUGGCAUGAAAACCAUUCUCUAGCAUGUCCAAAUUCGCAUUUUACUAGAUUUACAGUUAAAUGUAUCUGCGCCAAUCGACUGAAGAAAAGUUCAACGUAUACCAAAUCAUUUUCCAAUGUACCACUUAUACAACAAUGUUCAAGGUCGCCUAAUAUUUUAUCAACCGAGUUCUUCAUGUCCAUUGGCAUUACUUUGUACUGGCACAACCCUUUAGGUGUGACAAAGCUGACACUCGUUUUGCCCUUUCUGUUAAAGGUAUUUGCCAAUUUUAUUUUUUACGUCGUUCGGGUGUAUUGACUGUAUAGUCUACAUAGCCUAAUUUCUUAUCAAUAGUACAUGGUCCGUAGUAUCUUGUCCGCAAAGGUUUAUUAAGAAUUGGUAAAAGAGUCAGAAUUCCAUUACCUGGAUUGAAUGAUCGUUCUCUUGACUUUCUAUCAUACCAAACUUUCAUUUUAGACUAACUUCGUUUUAAAUUAUCUCCUACGAUUUCGCAAGC